AUGAGAAAUCGAGAUCGGUUCGGGGAGGGCGCCCUGAUGUUCUUCGUGUGUGCUGGCCCGCGGAGGGCCCCGCGUUCUUGGCGCUCUGCCGUGCCGGGGGUCCGGCUGUGCUGCCGCUCUUCCUUCCUCCAGCGGUGCCUCGCCGCGGCGGGCGGGCACCGAGGAGCCGGGGAGGGGCCGGCCGCGCCCCGCCCUCUGCGCUCGGGGCGGCGGGCCUCCACGGCACGCCCGGGCCUCCCGCGGGUGGGCUCUUCACCGGACAUAUUGAAGAACAUCUCUGGGACGCCAUCCGGGAGGUCUCCAGCGGCGCCAGCUCACUUCCAUAUCCAUACAGAGCUUCUGCGGGUGACAGAGGAG